CCCAGCACGGUUUACCGUCAAAAGCUUCCAUAGGAAACAAUUUUCGCAUCAAAAGCGUCAUGGAGCAGCAGAAAGCCAGAGGGCAGCGACUUGACAGAACACCAAGUACCACACAGACGCCACUAAUGGCACAAAGAAAGCCAUCUUUGCAAGAACAUCCUCAGUGGAGCUGGACCCUGAAGUGGGCGGCGAUCGGUUCUUCUCUUGGAGCUGCAGUACCUGUGGGUUACUGUACAGGGGUAAUGAAUAGCCCUGCUGAGCUCAUGCGCACCUGGUGCAAGGAAACUCUGGCCCAUCGGUACGAUCUCCACGUAGGCGACGCAGGAAUAGAACUUCUUUGGUCGGCAGCCGUCUCGCUGUUCCUUGUGGGAGGAGCCUUGGGAUCCGUAACGGGGGCCACUGUGGCCAAUCGCUUUGGAAGACGGGGUUGCUUUCACAUCUGCGGCAUCCUUCUCGCCCUGGGGGCCGCCUGCUUCUAUGCGUGCCGUCCAUUGCGAUCGGUGGAACUAUUGCUUUGCGGAAGACUGUUAGUUGGACUGGCUGGUGGUCUCGUUACAGCAUUCAUGUCUAUGUGGCAUAGUGAACUCGCUGCACUAUCCCAACGAAGCACUUUGGCUCCGUUAUGUCCAAUGGGACUGACGCUGGGCGUCGUUGUGUCACAAAUCUGCAGUCUGCGGUCGUUGCUUGGCGGAAACGAGUAUUGGCACCUGGGAUUGGCUUUCUAUGGACUUCUGGUGGUUCUUUUCUAUGCUCCUUUCAAAUGGUACCCGGAGAGCCCCAAAUGGCUAUAUAUCGUGAAGGGCCGCAAAGAGGAGGCCCGGCGACAACUGAUGCAGCUCCGGGGAUAUGCCGUGGACAGCACCACCCUGCAGGCCGAAUUGGACGAAAUGGAAUUGGAAGCCACUUCUAAGGCGGCGACAAGUGGCUUUCUCGAAGUGAUCCGCGACUCUAGGCUGCGCCUGCCACUCAUAAUUGUGUGCGCCUUUCUUGGCGGUCAGCAGUUAUCCGGCAUAAACGCAAUAUUUUACUAUUCUGUGUCUAUAUUUCGAAAAGCGGGCUUGACACCGCAGGCAUCGGAGUGGGCUAACCUCGCGGCGGGCUCCCUUAAUCUGGCCACCUCGAUGGUGGGUCCGGUUCUCCUAGAAAGGGUCAACAGGCGUCCGCUGAUGCUGUUCUCCACCCUCCUAUGUACCGUCUUUCUAUUUUUGUUCGCUAUGUUGCUUUAUUUUAUCGAAAGCGUCAGCUGGUUCGCCAUAGGUUGCAUUGGGUGCAUAUUCUUGUACAUAUUUUUCUUUCAGUUUGGUCUUGGGCCCAUGCCCUUUUUUAUCGGAGCAGAAUUAUUCGAGCAGGCGCCCCGACCCGCCGCAAUGGCUUUAGGAAGCGUAGUCUACUGGUCUUGUAAUUUUAUUAUAGGAAUGGGCUUUCCCACGCUGCAGAACGCAUGGGGAGCUUUAGUCUUCUUGCCGUUUUCAAUCACGUGCCUCCUUCUCUAUGUGUUAACGAAGUACUAUUUGCCCGAGACGCGUGGAAAAAGUCCCUCUGACGUAGCCCCACUUGUCGCCAAUGGAUUCCGUUCAAGAGUACGGCGUAUCUCUUACACCGGCAACUAAUCCUACGCCUACUCAUCGUACAUCCUCGACAAAACUUAUCACAAUAUAAAUCUAUGACUUCUAUAAAAAAAAAAAAACUACUGAUAAAAGAUAA